CCAUGCCAGUUGUUAAUGUUUAUACUUCAGUGACAUCAGAGAAUGUUUCGCAUUCUGAGCUUCUUGUUUGGGUUAAUAAUUGUCUGCAGACCAAUCUUGGGAAAAUAGAAGAUAUGGCGUCGGGUGCUGCUUACUGCCAACUUACUGACAUUCUUUUUCCAAAACAUGUUCCACUUACAAAUAUCAACUGGAAUAGUCGAAAAGAAGUUGACUGGAUUACUAAUUGGGAAAUUUUGGAGACUUCUUGGAAGGAUAUUGGAAUUGAUAAAAAAAUUCCAAUCGAAGGUUUAAUGAGUGCAAAGUUUGAGGACAAUUUUGAAUUUCUCCAAUGGUUUAAGAAAUUUUUUGAUGCUAAUUAUGAUGGACAUAAAUAUGACCCGAUUGCAGCUCGGAAUAAUCAGCCUCUUGGAAGUAUUUCUGAUGAUGAAAUUGUUUCUGAAAAUGAGAAGAAGACACCAGAAAUGAUUGCUGUAAAGUCUGCUAGUACUCCGGCAAUUACUAAACUUAAACAAAUGCGCAAACAAUUUCAUGUUUCCUCUCCAUCUGACCAAUUAAUGUCUCCAUGCACUCGAACUUUGGAGAAGAGCCGUUUUGAAGUUGGACCUAAAUUCAAGUUGGACAAGAAUGACUGAUGUUAAGUAAAUCAAAAAAUGAAAGACAGACAACAUUGUGUAAAAUUUACAUUUUUUAAAAAUAAU